UUAGUAUACUCAAGUAGAAGUAAACCAAACACCCCCUUUUUUUUUUCUCUCUAGUGAACCUUUGUUUUGUACCAACAAACACUAACACCCAAAAAAACAAACACCCCACAUCAUCUUAAUUAUCUUUUCUUUAUUCCCAAACCAAAUAUUCAACCCAGGCCAUUUAUUGUACGAACUUAGAACAAAAAUAUAACCAAAAUAAGCAAAAUAUACCAUUAUAGAUACUUUUCGAUCUACUAAUGGAAAACGAUCAAAAUCCGGAAAUGUUAGCGAGUAUGAUGAUGAUGAAGAAGUUAUCGGGCAGUUCGUCGAGGUUUAAGCGAAUAUGUGUGUUUUGUGGUAGUAGCGCCGGGAAGAACCCUAGCUUCCGUGUUGCUGCUCUUCAGCUUGCUAACCAACUGAUUGAAAGGAAAAUAGACUUGGUUUACGGCGGAGGAAGCAUUGGGUUGAUGGGUAUGGUUUCUCAAGCGGUUUAUAAUGGAGGUCGUCAUGUAUUGGGAGUAAUUCCGAAGACCCUUAUGCGUAAAGAGAUAACUGGUGAAACAGUGGGGGAAGUGAGAGUUGUAUCUGGUAUGCAUCAACGCAAAGCAGAAAUGGCUCGCCAAGCUGAUGCUUUCAUUGCUUUACCAGGAGGUUAUGGCACUUUGGAAGAAUUGCUGGAAGUUAUCACUUGGGCUCAACUAGGAAUUCAUGAUAAGCCGGUUGGGUUGCUAAACGUUGAUGGGUACUAUAACUCAUUAUUGUCCUUCAUCGACAAGGCUGUUGACGAGGGUUUCAUUGCUCCAGCUGCCCGUACUAUUAUUGUUUCUGCCCCUACUGCCCAAGAACUAAUGUCCAAGCUUCAGGACUACGUUCCAAACCACCACGAUGAAACGCCAAAACUAAGGUGGGAGAAGGAGCAGCAGCUAGGAUAUGGUACAACCAAGUCAGAAAUCUCUCGUUGAUUUCAACAACCAAUCAAGUGAAAUCACGUGUCACUGAACAAAUCGUCUUUAGUAUAGUUUAAAACUAAAAUAUUUAACGACCAAAUUGUGCAAUAUAGAAUUACAUUUGUCAUUUUGGGGGAAAGUGUAACAAUACGCAAUUGUUCAUAGAUUUAGGGGCCAUAUGCCCAUAUUUGUUACAUCCCCAUGAUAUAUGCUUUUUUUUAAGUCUUAAGAUAGUUUAUGGGUAGUAUUAUAGACUUGAUUAUAGUAUAUGAAAAUUGAUAUAUAACUUUACAUUAUGAGAUCUAGAUUGAUUUUGUUAAUGAUAAAUUAUACUUUUCAGUUA